GGGGGCUGGGUGGCGGCGGCAUGACGUCGCCACGCUCGUCACGCGCGCGCUGAUGUCAUCGCGCUCGCGCUCCGUGCGUGAUGACGUCCCCACGCACGUGACCACCCUCCCCCUCCCAGAGGUGCGGCGGCCCCCCUCCUCGUCACCCAGAAGAAGUUCAACAAAUUGAGGAGCGACGCCUCUGAACGUGUCCCGUCGUGUUCCAUGAGAAUCCUGCUCCCUCUCUCCACCGCUCUCUCCUCUCUCCCCUCUCCCCACCAGCAGCCACCCACCACCACCGCCACCACCACCGCCAUGGUGGACAGCGAGCUGAACCGCCAGCGAAUCGGCGAGGUGGAAAACUGCUUCGGCUCGGCCGGGCGGCCCCUCUCGGCGCCCGGCCGCGUCCUCAUGGGCGAGGGCAUCCUCACCAAGAUGUGCCGGCGGGGGCCGCAGCCGAAGAAGUUCUUCCUCUUCAACGACGUCCUCGUCUACGGCGCCAUCGUCCUCAACAAGAAGCUGUACGUGCGCCAGCGGGUCCUGCCCCUAGCCGGCGUCACCGUCGAGGCGGUGGAGGACGACGGCGACCUCCGCAACGGCUGGAUGAUCCGCACCGCCGGCAAAUCGUUCCGCGUCUUCGCCUCCACCGCCGCCGAGAAGACCGAGUGGAUGAGCCACGUGGCGCGGCGCGCCGAGGAGCUGCGGUCGGCGGCCGGCGGCGGCGUCGGCGCCGGCGUCGGCGGCGUCGGCGGCGCCGGUGGCGCCGGCCCGGCGGCGGCGGGGGUGCCGGACUACAAGGCGGACGCGUGCAUGCGGUGCCGCCGCUCGCGAUUCACGCCCAUCAACCGGCGGCACCACUGCCGCAAGUGCGGCCUCGUGGUGUGCGGCGGCUGCUCGACGCGCCGCCUGGCGCUGCCGCUGCUGUCGCCGCAGCCGCUGCGCGUGUGCGACGCCUGCUUCCAGGGGCACCUGGACGGCGACGGCGACGGUCACGGUGACGGUCACGGCGGUGCCGACGGCGGUCGCGGCGGGGGAGGGCCGGGGGCGGCGGUCGCGUCGCCGGGAAGCCGGGCGUCCGUGCCGUGUCCGUCGGGCGGCGCGGUGUCGCCGCCGUCGUCUGGCAGUAACGGCGGCGGCGGUGCCGGCGGCGGUGCCGGCGGCGGUGCCGGCGGCGGUGGCGGUAGAGCGGGGAAGGGGGCGUCGUACGGAGGCUACGGAGACCUGGACGACAGCUCGAGCGACGAGGAGAAUGGAUAUCGCUAGCGCCGCUGAUGACGAUGCUGACGAUGACGACGACGAUGACGACGAUGAUGACGACGAUGACGACAAUGAUGUUGUGAUUCGUGGCGGUGGUGGCGGCGGGGAUGAUGCAGAGGGAGAGAAAGACAC